AUGGGGCGCAAAGACGUGAAGCAAGAGUUCAGAACAGAAAUUGUCACCUUCGUGAAAGAAGAGUGCUACAUCAAUACCACCGAGGAUCUCAUGAAUCUGUCCCAUUACCUAGACGGCGACACUUUCACUGGAGGGCUCUGCACCAACGACCUUUUCUACGAUGGGGCAUUCCCUUUGUCGCUCUUUAACUCUCCCCGGCUGAAUGCCACGAAGUUGCUCAGCCUUGUAACCUGCCAGAAAGGGACGUCUGCGGUGAAUUGCGACGGCAAGCCAGUCAACUUCAGCACCGAGCUCCCUACGCCUCUGAAGCUCAAGUACGAAAAGAAGCUGAGCCCGAGAGAGGUCAACACUACACGCGCAGCAGCAAUGCUCACAGGCGCAGCAUUGGCACUGAUGGCACCCGAACAGCGGGAAGACGUGUGGAAGCAGGUGAGCGGGGAGGACAUCGUAGUCGGCAGCAGAACAGUUCGUGUGUUGGGCGACGUCGAUGAGCUUGUGGAGGUGAUGAGGACGGCCAUUGAUCUGUCGGAGAAGUUGGUAGCAAGCAUGGAGAAGGCAAGCGAGGAAUGGUGGAAAAGCAAGACUGGAACGGAGACCAAGGGGGCGUGUUUCUCCAUGAACUUCCGCCACACCCGCUUGGGCAUGAAGGGCCUGCCGAUCGCCCAUGUGGAUGCAACAAGUGUGAGCGAGUGGUUCAAGGAAGGUGGUGCAUUUCCUGCUGCCUCCAUCAAAGGAUUUGAGGAAAAGCUGGGCAUGAACAUUUCCGAGGCAUUGAGUCACACUGUCGUGACCUUCAAUGAAUGGGUGAACGCGGGCUCCGACCCCAUCCAUGAGCUUCCGCUGACGAUCUUGGACACGUCCACCCUCGAUGCGGAGGAUGUGGAGACCGCCUGGGUUCAGGCGUCUCUGGACUCGAUGAGCCUGAGAUUUUCACCAAAGCAGAGGUGGUACUACAAGGAGCUGGCUCGGGGUGAGGGCUACAGGUUCAUCACCAGCCCCCACGAGGGACCCGAGGGGACACGCUAUGAGGGGACCCCUCACUCCGCCUUCCGCUUCAUUCGGAAAGAUGGUGUGGAUGCGGACCGAGCUCGUCAAAGCUACGAGUUCCGAUGCAUCCUCAUCGAUCCCAACUGGACUUCUCCCAACACCAACAUCACGGGUCUCGCUGUUGAGCCGAGCGACGAGAAGGAGAUCGUAAAGGCAGCGGCGGGUGAAAUCAUGGCCGGGAUCAUGGCCGGCCACGAGGCCGUGAUGGAUGCUCUGGUGGACACGGAAGACUUCCAGGAAGAGGUGCAAAAGGCGGAGGACCUCUUCGACAGCUGA